ACGAACGAAACGUCGUCGUUUCGCCAUUGGCCGAAUCGAAGUAUCAAGCGUCGUGCUUCUUCUUCGUCGUCUUCGUCUGUACGUGAUUCAUAACGUUAAACGGCGAGAACCCGCAUCAGUGCAGUACUGUAGACGUAGUACUAUAUUAUGAUGCUCAGACUUUGAAGACAAAACCCCACUUGCACUUUGUUGUUUCAUCAUUGCCUGCUAGCCAUUAGCGGCCUUUACUCUUUUUAUCUCAAAGGUUAAGGUUGUUUGGAAAGGAUCCAAGAGCUUGGCGCCAACCUUCUACCUUGCCCCUUCCCCGUUGCUUGGUGCCAAGAAAAGUGUCGCUCGCCUGCUUCAAGGCCCCAUUUUCUGGAGUGCUUCGCGUAUAGCUUCAGGGGUCGCAACUCUCAACUGGCUUUAGAAUCUGGAAAGCUUGCUGAAAUUCUGAAAUUUAACUUCUGCUAUUACAAGGACAUCUAGGGCAGCAGAACUUACGAGUGGAGUAGUGAAAUGUCAAGGUUCCGAGCAAUAUGGCAAGCAUCCUUGAAUGCGACGAAGAAAGCUCUCACAUGGAAUCCUGAAGAUCUGAUGCCUCCCACCGAAAGAUAUAUUUUCAACUUCAAUUCAAAAGAGGAGGUUAAAAAGUGGCAUUUAUAUUCAGAUUCUGAAUAUGGAGGGUUGUCCUCAGCGUCUUUGGAGAUCACAGAUGCUGGAAAAGGACUAAAAGGAGUUUUCUCUGGCAACCUCUCACUUGAUGUCAUUCCAGGUGCAAAAUGGACUAUCAGUCGAAGUGGCUUUUGUGGAAUGAGGUCAAGGAAGUUUAAUGGCUUCAUUGAUUUGGACCCGUUUGAUACAGUAGCAAUGAAGAUAAAAGGGGAUGGAAGAUGCUACAUAUCCACCAUCUAUACGGAAAAUUGGGUAAAUUCACCUGGACAACAGGAGGAUAAUUCAUGGCAAGCCUUCGUUUUUGUACCCAAAGACAACUGGUACAUUGCAAAGAUUCCUCUGGCUCAAUAUCUACCAACUUGGAGAGGAAGUGUUAUAGAUGCAGAGAUGGAAAUGAAUCCAUCUCGGGUAGUUGGAAUGUCUCUAUCCGUGAAUGCAGAGGGUGGAGUCCCUGGUGCCAGAACUGGACCAGGUGAUUUCAAAAUGGAGAUCGAUUGGAUCAAGGGCUUAAGAACACAGUGAGUAGUGAAGUGGAAAUCUAGCUGUAUUAAAAAUUUCAAUUUGCUUUACAUGAAUAAAUCUUAUCCCCUCUAUGUAUAGUACCGAAUGAAGUUAUAAACUCUUUGAACCUCAACUUUAUUUGAUUUUUACCAAUUCAGAACUGGCGCUGCUGGUUGGAAUUCACUAGGCUGAUUCCCACCAGCUAAAUUUUUGUGGGGUUUAGAAGUCCUUUUGAGACCAUAAAAGUUGGCAAGAUUUUGUGAGAAUAUAUCUUUUGGAUAUGUGGUUGAUGUGCUCUUUGAGUUUGAUUCA